AUGGCGUCCCGGUGCGACAAGCCUGGUUGCGCCUGCGGCUCUCUCGUUCUCGACGCCUAUACCCCCGGCCGCCUGCCUCCCAUGGUCGUUGAGCCUCCCACAGCCUCAUCGUCGCGGCCCCGCCGCCGCGUCCAGGUCGGCAUGUACGGCGAGCUCACAUGGGUUGAGGAGAAACCUCGUAGCAGCGAUCGCAAACGAUCGCCCAAGACGCCUUCAUCUGCUUCGCCUGUCGUCCGCAACCACAGCUCGCCUCGCUUGCCGUCGAUCACAGAGGAAGCUCAGCGACCUCCGCGCACCACCAGCCUGCUUGGUAUCGGUGCGCCUCGUCCACAGCACAGCCGCCGUGUCGUCUCGGAGCCGCGCUACCACCACGGCCACAGUCACGGACACGGACAUGGUCACGGACACGGUCACGACCAUGCCGCUCACCACCUAGGCCACCGUCGCGGCCUCGCUCCCCCCGAGCUAGCCAUUGCGUGGGACGAGUCGUCUCCAAGCUCCGCACGCAGCUCGGGCCAGGGAUCUGCAUACACGGACCACAGCGGCUACGACUAUGACACGUACCCCGACAGCUAUGACGAGCACACUCCUCCUCUGUCCGCGUCCGACUCGCCCCGCACCCCCGGCACGCCCGAGGAGCUGCUGCUGUCGCCGCCCGACUCGCUGCACAGCUCGCCGCACGGGUCGCCCAACGGUUCUCCCAACGGCUCCCUCCACCGUGCCCCGGCGUGGACCUCGCAUGCAAAGGCGGGCUACGUCUAG